CGCAACAUAUUUGGUGAUUGAAAAUUGUCGAAGGAACAUUCACUUUUUCCAUAAAAGUGUAGAAUUGUAAAUUUCCUUUAUUCAGUUGUGGUUAUAUUUCCGUGAUUUUUGUGAGUUCUCGCUCGACGAUACUAACUCGUAAUGAAUAUGUUUUAGAAAUGAUUUGAAUAAAAUUCUAAAAAUGGAGGACAUUCUUCAGCAAAUCAUUAAAGAUGCUACGGGAACGAAAUUUAAUCAUUUGAGAAACGGAGCCCAAAAUGCUCUUGAUAAAUUGCAUCGUCAACAUGGCAUGCACAGGGACAGAGAUCCAUCGUACGAAUUACGAUCGGUCUCGUUAUUCGCAAUGCAACUGGCAUUGGAAACUCGACGACCGAAAUUUGUAACGAUGGCCUUGAAUGGGAUGCACCGAAUCAUCAAGGACGAACGUUUCUAUAUCGGACUCGAGCCGGAAGAUGAUUCGGUAUGGUUGCCAGCCCAGCUUUUGCGAGCAACCUCAAGUGUUUCAUCGCAAAACGGAUCUUCUUUCAAUGAAGAAACAUUGGUGAACGUCUUGCGCCUAUUCCUGGCAAUGGCUUGCACGCCCACAUGCACAUUGAACGGGAGAUUACUGAUCGAAAUUCUGUCACGAUGCGGUGAAUGUUGGGAGAAUGGAGCCCGGGCUAUAAAAGCGGCGAGUCUGGCAGCAGCGAGUCAAUGUUUACGAACAUUUUGUUCAUUCCUUCAAGACGAGGCCGAUGAAAUCUUGAAAUCAACAACGCCAGGACUUAUGAAUGCUGCACAAGCAACAGCUGUGUACAACGAAGUGAUUCCUGUUAUGCAAUGGCUAUGUAGUCGUCUUAUAGAACCGAGAAUUUCCAGUCCCAAAAAGAACGACACCGGCGGCUCAUUAUUCCUGACCGAAUGUAUUCUUUCGUUAGCUUCAACCCUUCCUCGAAAUGUGCAAACGAAUCCACACUUUACCGCAUUUUUGUGGCAGAAAUUUUGUCCUACACUGGCUGCUGCAUUAGGUUCACCUAAUCGCGUCACUUUGGACAAAAAGUUCACCUAUAUGGACGCACUUCACAUAAUUGAAAAUGAGACUCGUGGAUUUUUCACAGGACCCGGUCUCGAUGCACCACAGGCGCGUUGUGUAUACUUAACUGCAAUCGAAUUGGUGCGCAUAGCUGGCGCACAAGCAUCAUUACGACCAAUGUUAGAAGCACUGUUUCACCGGAUGAUUUUAUUACCAUCGCCUCAAAACCGAACCGAGCCAUUGCGAUGUGUAAAAGAGAUUUUUAAGAGUCCAGCCAGGCUUGUCGAUUUGACUGUUAUUUUGUUUGUCGACAAAAAUCAGGGUCAAAGCUGCAGUGACGACAUGGCUUUAUUUAGAUUGAUAAUUGAUGCUAUGGAAGAAUGUGCAUUAUCUGGCCAGACCUGUGAAAGUGCACUGCACACAAGUGUGGAAUGUAUUGUCGCUCUUCUAGCAAGCUUACAGACACUGUGCACCGGCGAUUUGGAUAACAAUAUUAUCAGCGAAAACACGGUUAAGAUCCUAAACGGUCGUUACAGUAAAUUAAGAGAGGUGGACUACACCGGACCAUUGACCUACCAGUCAAUGGCACGAUUACCAGCCGCUUACAGAGACGCUGUUGCCGAGUUACGUCAGCAUGGAUUUGAAACAUCUUCUGGUUCGGAAAGCGAUCUGGAACAAAUUGAUCCGGAAAUUGUGUCAAAUGGCUCAGGCGAUACCGAGGGCCCGGAAGACGAACUACCAUCAUCGGAUGAUGUUUCUGCGAAGAAUGAAUCGAAUUGGCCGUAUUCAUACUUGGAAGCGCCGGCGCCAGUUCGUACUGAUGGUGACUUUGAUAGGCAUCAUGCCAGGGAAUUUAGCAAGUCGUUGGCUAAAGACUUGGUACCGAAACUGUUACGGUUGAAAAGUUCGGUUGAAGUGGACGAAGCUUUGCAAGAGUUUGCCUCGUCGGUUUGUCAAGAAAACAGUUUGAGCUAUUCCGAUUUUGAAUAUAACUUGACUGCCAUGAAUGCCGAUGGAAUUUAUUUGGCCACGUGUUCAGCUCUUUUGCUGAGCAUUCAAUUGAUGAAGUCAGGUCAUUAUGACCAAGAGAUGGAACCAGUUUUCAUUCCUCUAUCGGAACAACAGUUUGUCACCUCAGUUCAAAAUACUGGGGUCCUAGUGUACUUGUCGACGUUCUGGUUAUGUGAGUUGUACCAGUGCAUCUUAGCAUCCAAUCCGUUGGCCAGUUUGCAACGAGAAGACGUCAAGGACACACAUUGUGCAUUGAUCGAUUUACUACAAGACGCCGGCGGAUUUGGAGCAACUCAAAUGCUUUCUGACUGGCAACAUUUACAGUCGAUUACUGCGCUACAACCAGAAAUCAAUGAACGGAAGGAGGCUGCGAGAAAGUUAUCUCGUCGAUUGCUCACAUGUUGUUGGGACUCUAUGGUGGCCGUGUUGAGUGCUGGACUAGGUCAAGAGGCACAAUCAACCAAAAACCGUUUGGUCGCACUAUCACAGAAAACAUUGAAAAUCAAAAGACGCUAUCAUCACGGCGGUGAGGCUCUGUUUGCUUUAAGUUUGGAUGGACUUCAUGCGGCAGCCACGUUGAGCAACUCAUUGAGCCUACAACAUUUGGCUGGAAAAAUUCUAAAUCUUCUUGCGGGCAACGUUUGUCAGACUGUAGGACCCAGAAUCACAGCUAGCCAAGCGCUUUCCAUGGAUGUGGUCUUAAGUGGAGGACUGGAACUUGGUUCAUACAGUUCGGAAUGUUGGUUGCCUGUAUUUACUGUGUGUCGGCACGUAACACAGCUGGAACAUGAACUGUUCAGCUUGCAAAAUACUAUUGGAACUAGCAGCAAUGGUUCGAGAGACUACGAGACUGGCGAAAAAACAGCGGUUGUGGCAGCGGGAACUGGAAGUGAUAAGUUGAAUCUGACAUCGUGUCCGAUUGAUGACGACGAGACUUGUGUCGAUGUGUACAGUUUCUUGCAAGCGCCGCAUCAAAACCCAACGACAAAUGUGGCAUCAAUUCUGAAACACUACACCGUAUCCAAUGAAACAUCAUCACUUCUGAGUCAGUCCGAUUCAGCCAAAAUUCUAUCGUCGUUAUCGCAUCAAGCCGAUAAUCUCUUCUCCGACUCAGCGGAUCGAUUGAGCUUACCGCCACUCUGUCAGUUCAUCAAGAGUUUAUGCCGUGCAUCCAGAGAGCAACUGUACAGAAGUUCGAGUUUGAAACGAGGAUCGAAAGUUUGGUGGCCCACUCGAUCCAGAAAACAAAAGAACGAUUCGCUUCCGCUAUCACUCUUAUUGCAUCGUGUUGGUGAUGUGACGUUACGCGUAUUUCGUAGCUCUAGACCGCUACUUCAUAUAUUUAAAAUGUGGGCUAUAGCUGGGCCCCAUUUGAUGGAUGCGGCUUGUCAUCGCGAUCGAACCAUAUCAAAACGGGCUAUAGAAUACAUUCAAGAUAUCAUUACGGCUUUGCUGGUGGAACAAUCGGAGCUUCCACAUUUUCACUUUAAUGAGGCGCUGUUGAAACCGUUCGAAAAUUUACUUAGCAUGGAAACGUGCGAUAUAGAUGUUCAGGAUCAAAUAGUGGCAUGCUUGUACGAAAUUGUCGAAGCUCAUCGUACCGAAAUUCGUUCCGGCUGGCGUCCACUGUUUGGCACCUUAAGGAAUGCCCGCAAUCGACCAUUAAACAUUGCCAACAUUACCGACAUAUUUCGAGUGUUUCUGGAUAGUGACAAUACGUUGGUGUUCGCCAAUGCUGGACUGGACUGUAUAUUGUGUCUCCUGUCCUACUUGGAAAUAUCGGGUGGGAAUGGUAAUGCUGGUCAUUCGGGCAAUGCAGAUGAUGACAAUUCAUUCCGUCCGGCUGAGUUUCUUCACGACACAUUAAAGUUUCUCGAACGAUGUGCAUCGAUACUGGCGUUCAUGUACAAUAUGCCCAAAUGUCCGAACUUCCAUUCGGCCUAUAAGAUCAAGGGCAUUUCGUACACCCAUGUCAUCGAUGCAAAUAUUCCCAAUUCAAUGGAAAAUUUCACUUACUUCGGAAACGAUUAUCUGCAGAACAAGAAUGAACAGCACAUGAUUUCGUACCGGUCACUGCACAUUGACAAAGAAUCAAUUACGAAAAUUGACGAUCUGGACAAAACCAGCGGAGUGCUGAAGGUGUGGUUCUUACUGUUGGAUGGCCUGACGAAUUCCUUGAUUGUUUGUCCGUCGCUGCAUCAGGCUCCGAUUCUUCAAACCAUUCUCAAAUUGUUCAAAAAUCUGUCCAACAGUCCAGGAAUCGAUUUCGGAUUCUAUUGCAUCAAUCAUCUGUUGAUACCAAUGAUACAAGACUGGUUGCGCUACGUGAAUAAAACUCACAACAACUGGCAUCCCAUUGAGAAAAAUUUCAAGCAUUGUUGCGGAAUGACCACCGAUUUAGUGGUAGAAUUUAUUGAAAAAUCUCGCAAGAAAUUCAGUAAAACCAAUGGCAACAAUGUCAAGGCCAAAGUAACAUCGGUUCAACGACCAGUUGAUAAUCUCAAAUUUGCUCAAAUUAGAAUUCAAAAGGUGGACACAUCAUCCAGUGACGACAGUAACAUUGUCGAGACACCAACGAAAAUUCCAGCCGCCGCAACGCUGGCUCUGAAGCAAUUGCUACUAGUAUUAAUUGAAUGUUCAGCUCAAACCCAAGAGACAAUAGCCCGUGUUGGUGUUUCUUGCCUCAAGCAUGUGAUACUGUCGACCGGACGGUUGUUUAACGAAAAUCAGUGGAUGAUCGCAUGUUCAGCCAUACAUCGAGCGUCAACCGUGACUAUAGCACCACUGAGACAACUAUCUUUCGCUUUCCAUGAGAAAUCGAAUAGCUUUUACGGCGAUUGUGCCAAUGUAAAGGUGGCCGCAAGAAAAGACUGCACAAUUGAUGAGCUCAAUCGAAUUAAUGGACUGGCGCAACAGGUCUUUCUAAUGGAUGGUCAGAGAGAUCAACGUGAUAUGAAAAGUAAUGGACAAUCCGAUACGAAGGUGAUCGCCGACGAUCGCAGUUAUUCGUUCUUGCUGUAUCCGCUGACCAGCAGUUUCGGUCAAAAUUUAGAUAAUUUUGUUAUUCGCAUUCCAUAUCGUAGUGUCGUCGUCGGUCUGUUAGCCAAUCAAAUGCUUCUGCAGGUUGUGGCCAAACUUUUACUGGGAAAUCUGAAAUGUGUGCCACGCGAAGUCCACUCAUGCAUUUCAGAUAAUUAUUCGUCGGAAAAUACGGAACAAAUCGAGCUGGGAUUUCGAUCAAAGGAGAUACUGCUACGGUGUGCCAAGCAGUAUUUGACCAGUUCCAUUGAGUUCGAUUCGAGACCAGGACUGAAAUUUUUAAUGCAAAAAGUUGCCAACAUUGAUUUUGCCGCCAAUCUUUAUAAGCAAAUGACCUCGUCCUGGAUGAUCUAUUAUGUGGCCAUGGUGGAUUCAUAUUUGAAUGACAUUGAUAACUACAAUUUAACAACGGACGAUCUGACAUAUAUCCUAGAGUCCUGUUCAAGACUGAACACGUCGACCGUCAAGAAAAAAGAGAAUUUCGUUCGGUAUCUAUUCUCGCUACAAGACGCUUGGAAUCUAGUCUGCGAAGUGUUUUUGAAUUAUUCCAACGGACACAAUACCGAAAACGGUCCCUGGAACGGAACCGAUGAAAUUUUGGAUAAUAGAAACGUGGAAAAUGAAAACAACGAACAGCAGUCCAGUGACGAGUCACAUCCAAAUCAGGAAGAAAAUAUUUCAAUGUCAACACUGGUCUAUUGCAACCAGCGAACAAAUCCGUUCGAUUCGUUGCGACUGAAUAAGACCGAUUCGAUGUUGGAAUCGAAAACGAUCUCACCGGAAAUCGAACAGCAACGAGCGACCAGCAUAUACAAGGAUUUGAAUUACAAACGGUCUGCAUUGGCUCAGUUAGUGGUGGCGUCUAUUGAGUUAUUAAGAUCGCUGCCCGAAAGUCAAGCAGACAACUUAAGACUGCUAAUGACACCGACAAUACGCGAAGCUUUUCGUUUGGUUCAAUGCAAUGAAACUAAUGUUAACAAAUUGUAAUUUGUGUAUCCGCAAAGAUUUUGUUUCCGUUACUGUUUUCCCCAUAACAUUUUGUUUUCUAAAUGCAUUUUCUUGCCCAUAGUUACGAACUUCCCAUUUCCCAUUGAACAGAAACGUGAUCCGCAUUACAUAAAAUAACCCAAAAGAAAAAUUGAAACACAAUUGAUAUUACAAAUUGAAAUAUUUAUAUAAACAAAAAAAAGCUUCGUUCUCAAUAUGAUAUACCUAUCCGCUAUGUAUUUUCCAGUUGAAUUGAAUUGAAACAACCAACAUAAAAAAUUGAAAUCUUAAAGGAAAAUGAAAAUCUGCUUAAUGAAUUAUACCAAUAAAUUAUUGUGCAUCAGAGAAAUCGCACGAAACAUGAAAAACAAAACAUGAUAAGAAGAACUAUAAACAAUUAUUUUUGAAAUAUAAAUUUGCUAAAAAUUA